UGGGUCUGGAAAGUCAGAUCAUUGUGCCCGAACUGUUUUCUUAUUGAUUUUGUCUGCCAUUUGACUACGUAUGCAUCAACCUGAGGUCACACUUGCUCAAUGACAUGCCCUCUCAAAUCCUGCUGCUUCCCGACCACGGAGGCUCGUUGCAUCAAAGAAUCUUGCGUCAAAGUUUGCUCUGGCUUUGAUAUGACCUUGCACAGCCUUUGGGUAGCAAGCUAUGAGUCUCAGGUCACUCCUACCCGGUUCCAUUUGUCAACCGAAGUGCGAGUGGGCAAGAAACAGCCCGAUUGAGCGGUGUACAGAACGCACAAGAAAUGAGUUUGCUCCUCUGUUAUACCUGAACUGUAUCGGUGAGAUAUUGGCACAGUCCUUUCCGACCAUCCAUUUCAAACCCAUGAACACGAGCAUCCCAUACAUAACGUCAGUGGAUUUCGUGGUUCAGAGCUGGUGUGUCUGUCGCAAACCAGUGCCGCCCGCUUUCGAACCAAGCUGCUACCUUCGUAUCAAAGACCGCUCAAUCCCAUUUGAUCCACAGUCACCGAAAGCAUGACACCAUCCACCGAGGAAAGACAAGCCUUUCACAAGCUCGAUGCCCUCAUCUCCCAGGGUUUCUUGACGUAUCUGAGCUUCUCAGAGCGCCCGUCCUUACUUCAAGCCACCAUUAGUAAAAAUUGGCACUGUCGGUAAAGCCAGCAUCCUUGAUGUGAAGCACACAUCUUCAAAGCAGCUAUCAGGUGAAAGAGUUCUGUGGGGGAGCAUGUCCAGAAGGCGGUUUUGCGAUACUUUGGAACAAUGCAGAGAAUGCUCAAGGAGAUCGAGGAGUCUGGACGUAUCCAGGCAGAGAACUACUUUCCCAGGUGCUGCCAUUUCUUUCUCGCCCUCGAGUGGUAGUUGCCAUGAUCGAAGAAGAACUUUGGUAUAUUGGUUUUGCCGUCGCGGAAGGAGGGCCUGUUACUCCAAGUGCCUUAUAAGCAGAGAGGUGGGUUGUCAAUCCUUUCCAAAUUCUCUCAGCCGUAAAACAAUUGAUUUACACUCCCUGAGUCCUUGGAUUGCGAUCUAAGAGGUGUUCGGUACUACUCGACAUACUUUACGCGAAUCUCGCGAACUAUACUUUCUCCCUUGGUUCUAUCACAGAUCUUUUUGCAGGUCCUUUCUUCAAACGCACAGCCAUGGCCAUCAGACGCCGCCUUCACUCCUCCUCUGCAGUUAUACAAAUGAACGACGACAGACACACUACUACCAUCUAUCAAUCCUAUCCACCGUCUCCAAGACUAGCCUCCUCUUCCACCCUUGACGCCACAUCUGACUAUGUCGAGAUAGCCAGGCAGUUCUGGGAUGGGCUCGAACAAACCCCGACCGCAACAACCAAACCCCGUGAUGCGAGGGAGAAUUGGUCUCUCAAAAAGUUCUGGGAUGAGUAUGUGGCGGUGGAAAUGGAGUUUGGAUACAAUGUUCGUGAGCAUAUCACGAAUGAGGAAACAUUCAUCAGCUGGUUCGAGUUCGGAUUUGGAAUGGCGGGCUUCGGCUUGGUAGUGCUGCAAUUUGGCAUUUUGAAUGGGCGGCUCGUUGAUUCGGCAGAUGCUGUGCAGUUGGCAAAAGCAAUGGCGUGCACCAGCUUCGUCCUCGCUAUCCUCAGCGUGGUCGUCGGUGCAUAUCGCUUCUUUCGCCAGCAAAACGCUCUUUUCCGCGGGCAGAUUUUUUUACGGGGCCUGUCCAUGUUCUUUGUUAUACUUUUGUUCAGCAUGGUAUUGGUGGCGAGCAUGAUCAUUAACUGGAUCGGCAUCAUUUAGGAGUCGACUUGGAAGAUAAAUUCACGUAUAUUCA